GACUAACUUCAUGUGUAUUACGUGGGAAUUAAAUUAAACUCUAUUUCUCGUGGGAUAAAACCUAAAUGUGUUUGAUUGUCAAGUGUUUAAAGUUGUAAUUUAUUACCAAAGUGGGCCGUACCCUCGGCCGUCAACUUAACACAAAUCGUCAAAUUCUACAUUCUUGUACAUAUUUCUGCUUUUCCGCCAAAGUACAGAGUCAUUCUAGAUUUGCCAAAAUGGCAGAGGGACAGGACGAACCCAAAAAAAUUACUAUUACAGUAAAAACACCGAAAGAAAAACAGCAAGUGGAGAUUGAUGAGGAUGCUGACGUUAAAAAACUCAAGGAAGUGUUGUCCCCUAAAUUCAGUGCGGAACCGGAGCAAUUAUGUCUCAUAUUUGCCGGAAAGAUCUUGAAUGAUAUCGACACCCUGAAACAGCACAACAUCAAGGAUGGGCUGACAGUCCACCUCGUGAUCAAGACGCCUCCCAGGCCGGAGCCCGAGGGCGCUACGCGUCGCCCUCCAGCCGAUAUUGGUGCAACACCAUUUGGCUUGAAUUCACUGGGAGGACUGGCUGGGCUGGAGAGCUUGGGGCUUGGACAGAGCACCUUCAUGGAUUUGCAGGCUCGAAUGCAACAGGAGCUCCUGUCGAACCCGGACAUGCUGAGACAAGUGCUUGACAACCCGCUGGUACAGCAGAUGAUGAAUGACCCUGAGAACAUGCGCACACUUAUCACAUCUAACCCACAGAUGCAGGACUUGAUGGCGAGAAACCCAGAGAUAAGUCACAUGCUGAACAACCCUGAGCUGCUGCGUCAGACCAUGGAGCUGGCUCGCAACCCCGCCAUGCUGCAGGAGCUCAUGCGCUCGCAUGACCGCGCACUCUCGAACCUGGAGAGCAUACCGGGUGGUUAUAAUGCAUUACAGCGCAUGUAUAGAGACAUCCAAGAGCCGAUGUUGAAUGUAGCCAGCAGUAUGGCUGGUAACCCGUUCUCUGGUCUUGUGGAUAAUUCUGUAGACGGCACGAACCCGCAACAAGGCGCAGAGAACCGGCAGCCGCUGCCCAACCCGUGGCAGCGCGGCGGCGGCGGCGGCGCGGCCCCGGCGCCCACGCCCGGCCUCAUCAACACGCCCGGCAUGCAGUCGCUGCUGCAGCAGAUGUCCGAGAACCCGCGCCUCGUGCAGUCCAUGCUGUCCGCGCCCUACACCAACACCAUGCUGCAGGCGCUGGCCGCCGACCCCGACAUGGCCUCGCAGCUCAUCAACCAGAAUCCUAUGUUUGCGAAUAAUCCACAACUACAAGACCAGAUCCGCACAAUGAUGCCACAGAUGCUUGCACAGCUGCAGAACCCAGAGAUGCAACAGAUGAUGUCCAAUCCACAGGCUCUGAACGCGCUGCUGCAGAUCCAGCAGGGGCUGGAGCAGCUGCGCAGCGCGGCGCCCACGCUGGUGGGCAACCUGGGGCUGGGCGUGGGCGCGGCCGGCGCCAGCCCCGCGGCGGGCGCGCCCAACGCGGGGGGCGCCGCGCCCCCGCCGGCCGCGCCCCCCGCCGCGCCCGCCGCCGCGCCCAACGCGCCGCCGCGCACACAACAAAACUCAGAACUCUUCACGCAGUUCAUGCAGCGGAUGAUGGCUGCGAUGUCGAACAACCAGACGAAUUCUGCGCAACCGCCAGAGCAACGCUACUCGCAACAACUUGAACAACUCACUGCUAUGGGUUUCCUCAACCGGGAAGCGAACCUACAAGCACUGAUCGCGACGUUCGGUGACGUGAACGCGGCGGUGGAGAGGCUACUCGCUCUCGGCCAGUUGUCCAUGAGCUAACACUUGCGCGCUUAGCAACUUAGACGUCCACUACUGCGGCUACGAUUUGCUUACACCAAACAAAACAACUGUACUUUUGUUACAAACUAGGCACGCGCCGGUCACUAUUUUCUAUUGAAAUACACAAUGGAGUUCGUUUUGUACUUGUAAAACAGUCAUUUGAUGUUCAAACUUCAUUUGCCGUCACGUGUGGGUUUGCAAUUUUACAUAUUUUAUAUAGAAAAUAGGAAAUUAAUUUUAAUCACCUGUUAUUAAUAGUGGUCAUUCGAAAAUUUUCUAUAAUUAACUUAGGAGUCGAGCAGGCUGCUGGAAAAAUUAUAGUGAUUGUGAUAGACAUUGUAACUAUCUCUCAUCUAAGAAUAUUAAUAUGCUUAAAUGUUGUCUAACGUGUGUUUGUAACAAGACUAUAGUUCUAUAUUUAUGUUUUUAUUAAAAUUCGGGUAUAAAAUUGUGUGAACUUUAUAUAAAAUGACGUGAUUUCAAAUACGCAUGUUUAAAACUGAUAAUAAAUAUUGAAAAUACACUUAGUUUCUCCUUUAUAUUUAUUGAUAGGUAAUUUCAAUACGCGCGGAAUGAGACAAGGAUUACUCUUACUUAUUAUAAGAUAUAAGCAACAUUCAAUGUGUUUUUGUCUCUUUCGAUCGCACUACGUUCGUAACGUGAAUGAUAUAGACAAAAUACAUUUGUCCCAAAAAUUGCUCAAAACUUCGUUGAUAAGUAAGAGUUACACUAUAAAUAAACAUGCAAACUUUUUGAAUAGGGUCAUUUUAUACAAAUGUCACUUGUCUAGUUAUCAGAGCCAUGGUGUAAGUAAGUAUAGGCUAGCGACAACGAUUUAUAAACACCUUUAAAAUUUAUGACCGUGUAUGUCGUUUCGCACGUCUCAGUUUCCCUUUAUAUAAUUGUAAUAACUAAAAUUCAUUCCUUCUUGUUUUUUAGGCAAUACUUAUGCAAAAUUGUUGUUUAUACAUUAAGUAACACUAGAAUUCCUGAGAAAAUCAGCUUGUUUUUUUUAUUCUAUUACUGUAAAGUACUAUUUUAUGGUAUUUCUAUGAUUUAAUUAUUGUACUCUAUGUUAUCGAUGUGAACUCACUUGCGUAGAACUACGUAAAUAAUAGGUUUAUGUAAAUAGUUUUGCUUUGAAAAAAAAAUGUGGAGAAACGCACUUUUACGCAAUACACUUUUAUCUUUUAUGAGUAAAAGGAAAUUAAAAAUAAUUUUCAGUUUCUUCAUAAUUUUAUGUUAGUCACAAUAAAAUGGGGUAUAUAAGGUUGACUGAUUUUUUGCAUUACGCCAGUUUAAUACUGAACAUUGUUGAAUAUGGACAAAAAUAUAUUGAUAAAGCAAAAGACAAAAAUAUAAUUUGUUUUCAUGUAUUUCUUUAUAAAUAUAUUUGUAUUUAUUAAUUUGUGGAGGAAAACUAAUUUUAUAUUUCACUUUCUUUUGUAGCCUAUUGUAGUGGUUUUAUAGGUAAUUAAAUUUAAGUUGUAAAAAGUAUGAAAGAGUACUACAGUUGCUCAGUUUUGUAGGGGAGCGUGUUAAAAUUACCCAGAAAUGAUAAAUCACUUACGUGAAACUAUUUACUUGUAUAGAAUGAGGCAUUGAUCAUAGGCGCACCUUUAUUUAUCGUAAACAUAAUAUAAUCUAAGUUAUUUAGAUAUUUAUGUAUAGAGCGAAUGCAUUAAUUGGCUUUAUCUCAGAGAUUUGGGAAUGGAGAAAUAAAAGACCUUUGGAAUUAUUACUACAAAUUACAGUUCACUUACGUUGCUAGCUUCCAUGCUUUUCGAUCUUAUCUUUUGUUUCUAAAUUCUUGCCAAAAGCUUUAAAAUCCCUGUUAAAUAAACAAAAUAGGCGUGUGCUCUGUGAUGUAUUUUAGACUGCUAGAUUGUCUAAAAUCGUAUGAAUCUGGGUGUAACAAUAUUAUUACGUGACAGAAUGCAAUUAUUAUAAAUAAAAAUAUAAA